AUGGCGGCGUUAAAGGGAACAAAACCAUUUCAUGAUUUUGUAACUGAGGUGGAAAAAUCGCCUGUAUUUAGUAACAGCCUUCAGAAUUGCGAAUUACUAUUAGAUGAUAAUGAUGAAGCUUUAGGUUUACAUAAAAUUUUUGAAAUUAAUAUAAAAGACAAUGAUAAUGAACAUAUAACAGUUGGAGUGAAUGAUGAAGAUGGUCAAAGUGAUACAGAACAAAACGACGAAGAAAGUGUUUCAGACGACAUUCCCGAUCCAAAUAUCAAUCAAGAUAUAAUAAAUUAUGUUUAUGAAAAUUUGCUAGCAAAAGUAACAAACAAUGAAAGCUCAUCAAAUGAUUUGGACCCAAAUGACAAAGUUGAACAAAAUUUAAGGGCAACUUCAAAAAACGAAGAAUUAGAUGAUAAUGAUGAACAAAAUGCUUCUACCACAUCAAUGGAAGAAAUUCAAGAAAGAAAUUGUACUAUAAUAAAAAAAGACGAAGACAAACUUUCAUUACAAAGCCCCGUUUUAGUUGAAGGGAAAUGCUUCAUAUCAAAUGAUAGCAUUUAUUUUGUUUCAGCGUUUAAUCAAAUAUUAAAAAAUUCAUCGGUUGUUAGAGUAAAAUGUGAAUCAAUCCUAUCAACUAAAAAAGCCCAAGAAUUGAAUAUAAUUCCUGAAUGGCUUAAAAUAAAACCAGAUGAAAACCAAUCAUUUUCGUUUACAUCAUUAUUAGAUAAAGACGAUACAUAUGAUUCGAUAUCUAACAUGAUAGAAUAUGCAAUGAAUUCAAAACAAAAAUCGGAAGCAAAUGCUACAGACAAUGAAACACAAACGAAAAAGGAAAAGAACAAUUCGGAUUCAAAUGACAUAAAACCUUCUUCUGAAUUGUCGGAAAGAAUUUUAAUUACAAAGGAUAUUGAUAAUAUGAUGACUAUGAAUUUAUAUCCCGACGAAAUUGAUUUAUUAGAAGAAAAAGAAUUUUAUAGUGAAUUAGAAUAUUCAAAUAGUUUAUAUAUAAAUAAAGAUUUUAAAGACGUUUAUUAUAACGUAUUUUCAAAAAUUCAUGAAAAGAAUCCAUUUUAUGAAUUUUAUCAACGAAUAGAUCCACAAGGUGUUAAUUAUGACCAGUUUAAUGAAUUAAGUGAUAAUAUACAAACCCCAUCUGGAUAUUCAUUUAAUUUUAAAUAUAAUGUAUCAUUGGUAAAAGCUAAAAAAAGAGUAUACGGAUUACCUACAAGAGCAGAUAUUAAUGAAACUAUUAAAUUAUUUUUUUUUCAUGAUUGUAUAAUUUUACAAACACAAAUUAAUUUUAUAACUAAUAUUCCAUUUCUUAAAUCUGUUCGCGGUGUCAUAACAGCUAUUUUACACAGUGUUCCUAGUGAAGACGGUAGCGGAAAAAAUGCUACACAGAUAGACAUGUUGUAUGGCGCACAUUUUUUAAAAUCCUCAUUAUUCGACAGCUUUAUAUUAGGUACCCUUUUACCAUUAUUAAAUUCGAUUUGUUUAAAGUUUAGGGUAUGCAUAAAUGAAUGUGUAAGAGACAUAUAUAAGGACAAGGCCUUGCGUGAAAUGGGAAUUGAAAUUAGCAAUAUAAACAAUAUUUUUAGAACCUCCAAUAAUAAAGGUGGCAAUAGUAACGAUGGCAAUAGUAGCGAUGCCAAUAGUAGCGAUGCCAAUAGUAGCGAUGCCAAUAGUAGCGAUGUCAGUAGUAGCGAUGUCAGUAGUAGCGAUGUCAGUAGUAGCGAUGUCAGUAGUAGUGAUACCAAACACCCUGGUGCUAAAAAUAAGACACUAUCUGGAUUCAAAAAUCAGAUAACAAAUCCCCAAAAUAAUAAAAUAUUCAUAAAAACAAAACAUUUUGAAAAUAUCCUAGACAAUUACAUAAACGAAACAAUGCAUAUGAAUCCCACAGUGACGCCUUCCGACAAAGGUAAGUGA